AUGCCUGGUAUCGGUGUUAAUGGCCCAGCCUUAGGCGACUCUCGGAUCGUCGACGAGUACAAAGCAGCAGCCGCGAAUGUUCCCGCACCGCCGAGCGGAGACCUGACUACACCAGUCCUGUUUGCACAGAACUUCGACAAAGGCACGACUGGCUACAUGUUCAUCAAGAAUCCUCCUCCGGCUGGUGUGCCUUACACGAACAUUCGAGGGGAACCCAGCUUGGUCACAAUUGAGGAUUUGCGUGGCAAGGAGGAUAGUGUCAAUCUGGAUCACGAUUCCAUUCAAGUCCUACGAGGUCUGGUCGAUAUGCCUCGGAGCCCCGAAGUCAUCUGGGACUCGGAGAAGAGCAUUGAAACUCAAUUUUACCCUGCUGUCGAAUCAGCGGUCAAGAAAGCCAUCCCAGGUGCACACACUGUCCAUAUCUUCAGACACGGCAUUCGUCAUUCUAAGAGCUGGCCUGUACCUUACAACCCUCCGGCAAUGAUUGCACAUCUCGAUCAGACAGGCCCUGCCGCUGUCAAUCGAGUGCUCAGACAUAUGGGCCCUGUCGAAGGGCCCCGCCUGUUGCAGGGUCGUUACCGCAUCGUCCACUUCUGGACACCACUCAACGGGCCAGUCUAUACCUUCCCGGUCGCCUUUGCAAGCUCUGCUACAGUCAAAGACGAUGACAUACAGACAUUCGUCAGCCACCUCGGCGGCUACAGAGAGGAUUUCGGCGCCCCGAGAUAUGCCGACGGUCAGCGAUGGUUCUAUCUGAGUGGCAUCUCACAAGACGAAGCGCUUCUAGCUCAGAUCUUCGAUUCCAAGGCCUUGGUCAAGAACAGUGGGGUCAGAGGUGGUCGUGCAGUCCACUCUGCCUUCAGAGACCCUCGCACUCCAGCUGGUGCACCUGACCGUUGGAGUAUCGAGGUUUCCUGCCUUGUUUUCAGUGAUGAAUGA